AUGGCAACUACGUCUUCUGAUCAAUCGGAUCAAGAACAACCACAGCAAAGAGACUCCAAAGAAAUUAAUAUUGAUAAUACUGAUAAUUACUAUGUCGAGCAGUUGCAUGGUUCGCUUAAUGAUGAGGAUUUGCAGAAAAUCGUCGAAUAUCAAAUAAACAUGCAAAUGAAUCUGGAAAAGAGUAUAACGACACUUAAUUCCUUGAGUGAACUGAGUGCACAAAAAUAUGAUGAGCUUUUGAAAAAAUACGAGGCACAUACAAAAUGUGUUAAAGAGAUGAAGAAUGAUUUGGAAUAUAUUUUUCGAAAGAUUCGGUUAAUAAAACAAAAAGUAGUGACCAAGCAUUCUGAGGCUUUUGCGGAGGUUGAAAAAAAGUUUCCGAAAAAGGAUGUUGAUGAGGAAAAUGAAUAG